AUGCCGCGUAAAGGCCAAAAAAACGUGAAAAGUCCUGCGGUAGUGCCUUCACGUAAACCGUCUCGGACUCCCGGUCGCGAGUUGUCCCAGGAAAAACCACCAUACGCUGUGGAUACGCGAAAAGUAAGGGCUACUAGCGAAGCUAAGCGAUCGCCCAUUGAGACAUCCAAGAUGACGGAUAACUGUAAAGAUCUCAAGGUUAGCGACGUUGCACACUCUGAACUUCCAGUGGCGUUUUCCAGUAAGAGUACUUUGAGCCAACUGGAAGUGUUCCAGACUCGGCAAGCUAGUCGAUCUCCAGAUGUGUCCAGCAAGAAAGAAAAUGCUGAUAUCAACGCCACCUCCAUCGAGUCUUCCGCCAGGGCUCCAAAACGAAGCGGAACUCCGGUGCCAAAAUCUUUUUUCGAGGAUAACGAGAAGAAGAUGAGGAUGACGCCUACGCAACUGGGGCUUGACAGUCCCAAGCCAACGCAAUUGGAAGGGGAAUCUUAUCACAAAUCCGACCCCAAGCCAAAUCAAAACCAGGAAAAUAAUAAUAAGGAAAACGAAAACCCUGGCAUACUACGCCUCACAAACGAAUCGAACGAAGAAGAUGGCCCUAUAGCAGAAAUUGAAACCUGUCAGUCAAUGUGGAUUACCGGAAAGGGUUUGCUCAACCAGUUUCAGAAGUUCUACGACGACUACAGGGCUUGCAAUAUAAAAACUGACAAGCGUUUACUCAAUUUGCAAAACAGUAAUGACGAAAAACACUAUGAAAAUAUUGCGCUGAGGAGUCGGCUUAAUGAAAUGGCAAACAAUAACAAGAGUCUGAAGAGUCGGCUUAAUGAGAUGGCAAACAAUAACAAGAGUCUGAAGAACAGGCUGGCCAUGCAUAUGCAGAAAGGCAUGCAGUGGAACGAGAAAUAUAUAAACACUCUAAAGCAGCGUACAGCUAUAGAAAAUAACUACAAGAACCAAAUUCAUGUGACCAAGUCUAUUGUUGACCAGCAAAAGGCACAGCUCGACCAAAACCAAUCGGAGAUUCAUCGUCUUAAAGCUGAGGCAAGUGAUUUGAGCGACCUCCAACAGAAGUUGAAGCAAACUGAAGCGACUGCUGCAAACCUCUUAUAUGAAAAUAAUAAGCAAGCGGCAGAAUUGGAAGAGCAAAAGCUCAAAAUGCGAAAUACAGUUGCUGAACUUGGUGAUUUUAAGAAUAAAUAUUAUCAGCUCCACAAGCGUUGGACUUCGAAAGGCUGUCGUUGUUAA